AUGUCGAGUGUGACGGUAGCGUUAGUGUUACUCGUGGUACAAUUUUGUGUCGUGUUAACGGAGCAUAUAUUUCGCGUACCAGGCGAACAGGAAAUCGUCUGCCUUUUUGACAUCCAUGCCAAAUUUCAAGAUGGCCGCUGCGGCGAUUUCAAUGAGCAGACGAUGGAAAUGGCCUACACAACUUUAUGGAAAAUGGAACAGUUGAACGUAACCAAUCCUUCAUCCGUCUCUAUAGGUCUAAGUGUAUAUGAUGUCUGUGGUUCAGAUAAGAGAGCAAUAGAGAUUCUCAGUCAGUAUGUCCGAGCUGGAACUUCAGAAGGAAAUGACACAAGAUUAGCAGGAGUUAUAAGUUAUACUGGCACUAAAACCGGAAGUGCCAUCUCCACUAUGUUGCAUCAUCUUCAUAUCCCACACAUACAGUUCACUGAUGACGUCAUAGCAGACGAACAAGAAACUUUUGAUAACAGAAAAAUCUUGUCGCUUACACCAUUGGCCAGAAUUGAAGCAGCUGUUGACGCUCUUGGUCUCCUGAACUGGACGUACGUAUCAGUUCAAACUCUACCCACAGCUCCUGCCAGAGCAGAACAGGAAUACUUUACUAGAAGGCUGAAAGAGGUCGGGAUCUGCCAAGAGAAACUGCAGACCGCAUCUGAGAACAAUGGUACUUUAACGAUACACAAAGCUGUUCCCAAAGCCGUUGUUGCGUUUACUGGAGACCAGUUAACAAAACAACAGCUGUUAAACGUCCGAAUGGAUCCCACAAACAAAUUGUUGUUGGUUGGUGAUAUUGGAAACGUGUCAGGUUCAAAUUUCGGAGACAAUAUUAUGGUUUUAUUGGAACAAUAUACUCACAUAGAUGGUUUAGCGGAAUACAUUUCGGAAAAGCAAAACUUGAAUGAACAGCCUGGUCGCCUUUUACCAAGAUUCAACUGCUCGGAGGGCGAAAACGAGUGCAGCCUUCCAACUAUGUCCUCUCAGCGUCAUCAUGUUACCGGAAAUGCUGUACGGACUCUAUAUAAAGUCAUUGAGACGCUCGCUGUCAUGGAAUGCACUACUGACAACGACUCCUGUUCACCUGCAAGCCUCGGGGAACAGAUAGAGUAUCACAGUAAUGGUGGACAAGCUGAAAAUUGGAAACCUUACGUCCAGUUGGUGCCUUUGUCUGAAAGCUACCAAGAGGAGACUGAUUCUACAUUUUCAAAUCUCCACGGCAGCGUAAAAGUUCAAGGUCGUCUGUCGGAAGAUGUGUUCGGUAGUAAAUGUGAAGAAAACUGUUUGGUGUGUUCCAUGUGUGAUGCCAAAUAUUCAUCGAGUGAGCGGAUCAUCAUUCGGGAUGCUGACAUUUUUAUCGUUGGAUCGUUUCCGAUUUACAAAUCAUCAAUCGGUAACAGAUGUGGUUCCGCAAAUCCCCGAGGUCUUCAGGCAGCCCGGUCUUUUCUUUCCGCCAUUGACAGCUUCAAAACUAGGUAUAACGAUACGAUUGCUCUUCAGAACAUUACUAUUGGCGGAGUGGUGUUCGAUUCAUGCCCUUUUACGGACAGUCUCAAAUCCAGGAUUAGUGACGUAGAAUCCUGUAUUUAUAAUUAUAAAGAUGCCUCUGGUCACAUGGUCAGCCUUCCACCAACCAGAACUACUGGAUAUUUUAACUAUUUUGACGAUAUUAACAAUAUGGCAACCACUUCCGGUCCGAAAAUCACUGGUACCGUAUCCCCUCUCGGAUUUGGACUCGAUGAGCAGCUGAACUACAUCAAAUCAUUGAUCAAGGUCCUUCAGAAGGUCAAAUGGACAUAUUUUAGGAUUAUUUACUCGGCGAAUAAAAAUCUAAAAUCAAUGGUCAACGAAUUUCAUGAACGAAUCGUCGGAGAGAGUUUGUGCGUUGCGGAAGUGAUCGAGAUAGGACCGAGUGUGGACGACUAUCUUCCUCAAGAUACCUUGAUGAACACGAAAGACGUUGGAACGAUCUUGUUCACCACUCUGGACGACACGGUAAAGAUUCUGGACUCCUUCCAAUCCUUCAACUCCUCCAGUUCUAAACAAAAGUUCUUCAUGUUUCCGUGGAACGUUGAAGCUCUUAUUGCGAUUAAAUAUCCAACAUUUUUGGAAAACGCGUUAGUGAUUCGACCUCGCACGUGGCUGGAAACUCCCGGCAUAAAUGACACUUUGUCAGAUGACGUCAUACCAUGGAUCGAAGAAUUCCAAACGACAUCGAACGAGACCGAUAAAUCGAACGCAGACAAAACAGUGGUGGUUGGCGUUGAUAUUCUUAUGUCCACUAUCAACGCGGUAUAUAGAGAACUAUGUCCAAAACAAAAUGGCGUCUGCAGUGAGUUUUCCGAUUUCAAAGCGUUGAAGCCACGAUUAGAAGAAACGUUCAGUAUGCUGAUUUCCGGCAUGGAGUCGCCAUUUGAGGUGUAUGACGUCAGAACAGUGAACGGUAAACUAGAUUCUGUGCAGAUAGGUGAAGUAGACGUUGAAGGUAAUGUGAAACUAGAGUUAUCGAACGUUGAUAAUGCUAAACGCGGUUAUCUAGACAUACCAUCCAGUGUUUGCCAGACGUGGUGUCCAGAGUGCUACGUAUGUUCACACGGGAGACAAUCCGGGGAAGAUUUGUUGUAUUUGCCUGGUGAAAUCAUCAUCACCGGUGUUCUACCAAUACAUCAGAGUGGGUUGUCACCCUUUACAUGUGGUGAUGUCGCAGACGAUAUUUUCUCUCAACAGCUAGCGGAAGCGUUCAUGUAUGCUGUUGAAACUGCUCAAAGGCGGUACCCUUAUUUGCUAGGUCGCGUCAGUGUUGGAGGAAUGAUUAUUGACAGUUGUUCAAAUCCUCACAAAUCGACUCAAAUGAUCGGAAAUUUUGAGACUUGCGACUUCAAAUUCCCCAACAGUGAUCUUCUGAUCCCUUCUCCUAAAUCGAAUCUAGCCUACAUCAUUCACGGCGAAAAUUCUUCUAUGGACAGUGCCGUGAAAUCCGCUCAAGAUCUUGGGAAAUUAGCUGUUGCUACAUACAACUCGAUUGAGAAUCCUCAGCAGAUCAGCGGUGAUUCCAGCGUCCAGCAGAAAAACAUGGCGAUCGUGGAUCUCCUCGUUAAAUUAAACUGGACCUACAUCUAUCUCGUGACGUCAGAGGAUUCAAGUUAUCGCGAUCCUCUCGAAGAAUUUCUUAAAACAGCUUCAAAUCGUGGAAUUUGUGUCGGAAAAAUUCUAGGAUUAGGAGCUACUGUGGAGUCCAUUGUUGAAGUCGCGAAGUAUUUGACGGAAGACAACACUGCUGUGGUCAUGAUGACGAAAAGAUCCGACAUUAAACUUUUUUUCAACAGUCAGAGCACGGAUGUUCCCAUCCGUCCGUGGAUAAUCGACAUUUCCGGAGACGAUUGGAACUCGGAGAACGUUUUAGAUGUAAAAGUUCCACAAGGAUCUUUGCUCAUUGACAAAAAUGGAAAACAAAAUGUCGCAUUUGAAAAAUUUAUGUCAGAUGUUGACGUCUCGUCGUUAAGGAAUUCUGAUUGGUGGAGACAGUAUUGGCAAAUAAAAUUCAACUGCAGCGUGUCAUGUGACUUUAAUCUUCAGAAGAUUUCUUGGCGGCCUUUCUCGGUGAAGGCAGCUAGGAUGAUACGGUCGGUUGAUAUUGCUCUACACACUAUUCAUCAACAGUAUCUGGCGUCAUGUCCGUUGACUAAUGGUAUCUGCUCGAACUUUGUGAAAUCCGGAAUGUCCUUGAUCCCUUCUAGAGCGUUAGAAGUGUAUUUUCGGGAAGGAGAGGAGAGAAUGGAAUUCAAUGAGAAUGGUCAAAUUUCCCAAAAGUAUCAGAUCAAGACGUACAGCUCUGAUCAACAGUAUGAGGUCGGAGUAUGGAGAGACGGUGUCCUGACUUUACAAACCUCAUUCUUCCAAUAUCUUUCCUCAUCCACUUGCACAGUAGACUGUAACUGUGAGAAUCGGGUCAAGUUCACCAACGUCACUAAGGUGGCGGAGCAGCAGAGCAGCCCUGAUCGCUUCGUCUACUGGAGAAAUAGUGGAAUCUUUACUGGGAAACUGUGGGCCACGGUGUUAGUGGCAAUAGCCGCAACCGGAGCCUUUAUUUCAGUUGUUCUUAUCGUUUAUGUUGUUCAUAAAGUAUGCAACAAGACGCUGGCACGUCGCUAUGUUGGUUUGGGUAUCUUGCUUCUUGUGGGAGUCAUGCUUUUGUUUCUGUCUAUUGUGCCUUUUGUGUUUACUCCCUCGGAGACGCUGUGUGGAUUAAGGUUUGUGAUGCCUGGUUGUGCCUUUGCAUUUUGUUUUGCUACCAUUCUCGUGAAAUUGACGUCGCUACGGGAUUACCGUUUGAUUGGAUUAGGAGGCGAAGUGUCCAAUUUAAAUCAGUAUCUGUUUGUCGUGUUCGUUACCGUCGUGCAAGUCGGGAUCGCUAUUCAGUGGUGGGUGCUCAAGACACCACUAGUGUUGACGAAAACUAUGGAUAAUGUAGUGUUCUAUGCGUGCCAUUAUGGACAAUUGGAGUACAUUCUCCAUCAAGUGUACAUCAUGGUGUUAAUCCUGUUGUGUGCGACCUACGCCAUUACGGUGCGUCACGAGACCAAAAACAUGGGAGAAGCUCGGCUUCUGUUGUGGUGUUGUUGGUUAUGUGUGCCGGUUUGGAUCGCCUGGAUCAUAGUGUUCCUUAUCCAAGAUCCAGAGUAUUCCGAUCCAACAGUGUGUGUUGCCAUUGUGUCGUGUGCGACUCUGAUGAUGACUGUCAUUUUCAUCCCGAAAAUUCACAUGGUGGCCAAAAUUAAAUACAGCAUAUCUAAAGGUGCCACCAGUUUCCAAAAUGGCUAUAAACUGGAUAGCGAGUUCUUCUAUGAGAAGCCUUACUCUUUACCAGGGACCCUGACUACCAAUUACUCCACGAUGAAAACAGGAUACUCAACCACCAAAACUCAUCCGAGGAGCAUCUCCAAUUUUGAUGCAACUUUAAGCUAUUGA